AUGCCAAACAAAACCUCAAAGAAAGAUGUGAAGGAACAGACACCCCUUCUCCCAAAGGACACAAAAUUAAAGCACCACAAACACAAACCUGGAUCCCACAAAAAGUGCCCCGACUGCCAGAAAGAUGCUGGAUUAGCUGCGGCUGAAGCAGCCAAAGCCACGAACCAGACAGUACCAACUAUUGUUUGCGAGGAUGGCCUCCAAUCCGAUUCGAAAGCCCACUCAAGCCAAAACUUGUUUGCUACUAAAGCACGAGCUGUGAAAAAUGCCAAUCGAUUCAAAACAUCCGAGGUGAACAGCGGGCACGGCUCGGGGCAAGAGCAGCAACCUAAUUCCUUGCCUGAAAACUUUCAGCACAUCUGGGAUGAUUUUCAAAAGGUUGGGCAGUCCGCCAAGGAUCAGGUCACGAAAAACUUGAACUUACUGAAAGAAUAUGAGCGAGAAGCAGCUGAGAAUAUCCAAAACGCGUUUGGAACUGCUGAUUCAAAGCAGAAGCCCGGUUUAGCCCGAACAGCUAAACGUGUCAAGAAUGCCCAUCUAUUUGUUGGACAGAAUAACCAAGAUCAAGAGCAUCAACGAUCAGAGGAAUACGGAGAUGACGUUGUCGACUAUCUUGAGGGCGAAGACCGCAGGCACAGAGAUAGAAACAAGAAGAUGUAAGUUAACAAGGUCAAGGUGCAAGUAAUUCAAUCGAACUGACCCAAAAUAGUUUUGUUUUCUCAUUCAUUUUCGCCGUCAUUGUUCUGAGUGGCAUGGUAACGGUUAUUAGCCUUGCUGGUGAUGCAAAGCGGGACAAAUCAUCUUGA